CAGGUAACUGCUCAGCAGCCACUGAAAUCUGCCAGAAAAAUUUCGAAAGGAAUAUGAGUCUCCAUCCUUGGGAUAAUGACCUUGUAUGCCAGGACGCCACUAAACAAUUGAUGUGUGUCAUUGAAGCCUGCCAUUAUAGCCGGGAGAUGCAACUGAUGGCGAGAAACUACACGAUUCAAGGCAUGCUGGGAAGCGGGUACAACUGCAGUAUCAACAUAACAAUCAGCGAGGAAACAGCUUGUGAGCGUGAAAUCCCAAAUUGUAUUGAAGACUAUUUCGAGAAACUAAAUACUUCCUAUGAAGUAACGUCUGGUGCUUAUAAAUAUUGCCCGUUUGUCGAUACAUUGUACAGGUGCAUGUCAAACUUUUACUGCAAUUAUGUUGAAAUUUCAAAUGCGAUACGGAACAUCACAUUUCAUGAUUUGUAUAGCAGAGGGAUACUGUGUGAAAUUGAUCUAUACCGAAACGAAACUGAACCAACUCCAGUUAUGGACUGUGCCGCAGCAACUAAUAGAUGUCAGGAAUAUUUUGAAGGGAAUCUAACACUUCACUAUGGGGAUAAGCCUCUUGUUUGUCAAGACGCCACCAACCACUUACUCUGUGUAUUCGCUGGCUGCAACUACUCGCCAUCCAUGCAGCAAAACUCCAUUAACUUGACACGUCAAACCUUGGCUACUUCAGGCUAUUAUUGUGAUAUCAAUAUAACAGUUGUAUCCCCUUGUUUGAAAGACGCUCCACAGUGUAUAGAAAACCACCUGAGCAUGUUGCAAAACUCGACAGAUGCUACAUCUGGAAAUAAUCAAUACUGCCCCGGAGUUGAUAAGUUGUACAUGUGCCUCUCUUACCUCAACUGUGGCUACGAUGAGAUUACAAAUUUAGUAAGUAGUGAAACAUCUCGGUAUGUUCAACUUGAUAAAACACAUGCUAGUAAAUAUGCUAAGGUUAACGGCAUAUCAUACUAUGACCUUCGGAGUAGAGGAAUAUUAUGUGAUGUAGAUCUGGAUCAAGGUGGUCAGAUGUCAUCAACUACUAUGGAACCAGUCACAUGUGAAACUGGGUCAAGUUCUUGUCAAGCCAAUUUCACAGCAAACAUGAACGCUCAUUACUGGAGUAAAGAUCUCGUCUGCGAAGAUGCAACAACCUACCUGACGUGUAUGUUCACUGUGUGCAACUACUCACCAGCCAUGCAGGAGUACACAAUCAACGCGACACUACAAGGCCUGUCUAAUGCCAAUUACAACUGCAAUUUAAACCUAACGAUAACUUCACCAUGUCAGAUAAAUAAACAGACUUGUAUUGAAAACUACCUGGACAGAUUAAGCAACUCGGACGAAGCAAAAUCAGGAUUUGGCCAGCCAUGCCCAAUGACUGAUUACAUGUACAUGUGUCUCGCACAAUACAACUGUGACCUGGAUGAAAUUUACCAGGCUUUUAACAGUAUCACUUCAUACCAGUUGUAUAAUCGAGGAAUUUAUUGUGGUAGGUUAUUCAAUAUUGACUAUAUACAUGAACAAUAUUUAAUUUUGGACUUUAAGAUACUCCUGAAUUAA